AGCAGUAGUAGUAGUAGUAGUAGUUGUAGCAGCGGCCGUCUUGGAGAGUGAGUCGCUGUGUCAGUGUAGAGAGUGACUUUACUCGAUCGAGUGCGAUGGAAGAAGAAGCGAAAGGAUUUCGGGAGGAGAGCAGCAGCCGACGAGACGAACGGCCAACCGGGCAGCAAUAAACAAACACACACGGACACGCAUCUAUCUAGUCUCAGCCUUACGAAUAUUUACACACACACACACACACACACACUUACACAUACACACAUACACACACACACACACAUACCCACAUACACAAUAUACCUCAUAAACACUCACACAAAUACGACUGCGUCUCUAUAACAAACACCACAAGGCAUUACUCACACCGCCAUAUAUUCGCACCUAAUACAUUUAAUAUGCAUAUAUAAACACACACACAUACGCACAUACACCACCCAUACACACACACACACGUCUAUAAACACACACACAUACGCAAACACAACAUAAACAACAGAUUGAUGAUGUCGUCGACGGAGUUGGACUUUGACGACAAACCGCCGACAGAACACGCCCCACCGCCGCCACCAACGUCUCUAAACAACAACAACCACGCGUCAACCACCACCACCACCACAACUAUCACCAGCGGCGGACACACGAAGCCGACCCCGGCGGCACGGCAUGUCCGCGACGACUCGGAGGAGCAGGACAAAGUGCCGCCGUUUUCCAUCAACGGGGACGGCAUCGAUGACGGCGAUGACGUUGGAGCUUACACGAACGGCGACGUGUGCGGCGCGUCGGAGGCGGCGCCGGCGGGCAUGGUGAACAGUGCCGGAUCAGGCGCUAUAAUGAUCAACUCGACCGGGAUGAAUUCGGAAUUAUGCCGUGAAAUGGGUCAGCUGGAUGUGGACGGCGAGGGCGAAGAGCCGGCCGAAAGUUUUUCGCUGGUCACCGCCAUCGAUUUCGGUACCACGUUCUCAGGUUACGCUUAUUCGUUGAGUUCCGAGAUCGAUGCCAUUUUUACGAACAAGAACUGGGGUCAAACCCAGGGCUUUAUGCUGCACAAGACACCGACCUGCCUUUUGUUGCGACCCUCGGGCGAGUUCGAAGCGUUCGGCUUCGAUGCCGUCUCCAAAUAUAACGAUCUGAGCGAAGAAGAAGUCGACGAUUAUUAUUAUUUUGACAGAUUUAAAAUGAAGCUCUACGCCAACAAGGUAAAUAUAUAA